GUAGCUCCUCGUCUCCCUGCCUCUGUGGGGCCCUCGUGUGUGUUGGCGUACAGAGACGACAGUGGCAGCGACACCGACCGCAGCUUUACUGACCCCGACUUUAAAGACUCGGGGGACCCGAGGCGGCCCCUCCUCCCCACCUCUGCAGGGGCCCCUCCCCACAAUGCUCCCCAGGGGACGGUCAGAGCGGCGGAGCCGCAGCGACCGUCCAGCCCGCCAUCUAAAGAGCGCAUCGACUCCUGCAACGCCAUCCAGGGGCCAAACCCGGCCCCUAAACCCAAACUGUGGUCCCUGGCGGAGAUCGCCACCUCCUCGGACAGAAACAAAGCAUGCAGUGACUCUUCACAGGGCGGUGGGGCCCCUGCCCGGACCCCGUUCCCACACAGCCCCGCCCUGCCCCGACACCUCUACUACACGUCCCCCUUCAUGCCCGGAUACUCCAGCUACGGCCAUCUGGGGCCCCUGCACGGCGGCCCCGCCUCGCAUUUAAACGGAUUACAGCAGACGAUGCUGCAGAGGGCCGAGGCCCUCGCCAGAGACUGCAGGCUGCGGGGUCAGGGCCCGCUAGACCUGCACGAACUCAAGAAGGGCAUGACCAACGCAUGACCCCCAACCCGGAACACUUCAGUACCCAGGACUGGGGACACUGGGACCAGUUAACUUGGGGCCAGUAAACAUUGGUCCAGUCAUACUUGAGCAGGAAAUCUGGGACCAGAAAACAUGCGGCUGGUGGACCUGGGACCAGUGAUGUCGGACCAGUAGACCUGGAACCAGUGAAUCCAGACAUGGUUAAUCUGGGACUGGUGGACGUGGGUAAUCUUGGAACCAGUUAACUGGAACCGGUGAAUGUUGUAAUGGUGAAACUGGGAGCAGUAAACUGGAACCAGUAACCUGGGAGAGGUAAACUGGGAUUGGUAAAGUGGGAGCAAUAAGCUGGGAGCGGUAAAGUGGGACCAGUAACUGGGAGAGGUAAUGUGGGAUUAGU